CGUGCGUGGGCGGCGCGUGCGCAGAGGGCGCAGACGAGAAGGCGGGAAAAGGCGGGAUGGAGCGACAGGGGGUGGACAUGCCACACGCAGAGUGCAAGGACCAAGAGCCACAGCCGUUGGGGGAGAGCAAGGAGCAACAGCAGGGCGAGGAGAGCUGCGAAGAGGAAGCUGGUCGGGGGCCAGCUAGAAGUCAGGUUUCUAGCCCCUCUAUAGCCACCUCCAGUGCCAACCGCCAGCUGAUGGUGCUGGAAGGGAAGUCGGGACCCUACUUUUCCUCUCUGGACUCGAGCAUCGAGAUCCUGAAGAAGAGGGCCCAGGAGCUGAUUGAAAACAUCAACGAGAGCAGGCAGAAGGACCACGCACUCAUGACCAACUUCAGGGACAGCCUGAAGACCAAGGUUUCGGAUCUGACAGAGAAGCUAGAGGAGAAGAUGUAUCAGCUUUAUAAUCACCACAACAAGAUCAUUCAGGACAAGCUUCAAGAGUUCAGCCAGAAAAUGGCAAAGAUCAGCCAUUUGGAAACAGAGCUCAAACAAGUGUGCCACAGCGUGGAGACUGUGUACAAAGACCUGUGCGUCCAGCCGGAGGCUACUACUUUGGAAGAAGAACAGACCCACAAAGAUGGCGAAUGCUGACAGCUUCUGGGAGAGUCGCCUCUUAGUGACAGCCCUAAGAGAAGGCUCAGAGGCCACCAUUCCGGCCACACUGAGAAAAUUGUUUUUCAGUUCUGUAAUGCAUUUUGGGAAA